AUGGCUUCAUCUUCUGGGGGUGGUGGUGGUGGAGGUGGUGUUCCGCCGGGAUUCCGGUUCCACCCGACAGACGAAGAGCUUCUUCACUACUACUUGAAGAAGAAAGUUUCGUACCAGAAGUUUGAGAUGGAGGUCAUAAGAGAAGUGGACUUAAACAAGAUCGAGCCAUGGGACCUUCAAGAGAGAUGUAGAAUUGGAUCAACGCCCCAAAAUGAAUGGUACUUCUUCAGCCACAAGGAUAGGAAAUACCCAACUGGUUCAAGGACAAACAGGGCAACAAAUGCUGGCUUUUGGAAGGCAACAGGGCGGGACAAAUGCAUCAGGAACAGCUUCAAGAAGAUUGGUAUGAGGAAGACCCUUGUCUUCUACCGCGGGAGAGCUCCUCAUGGCCAAAAGACUAAUUGGAUCAUGCACGAGUAUCGGCUUGAAGAUGGUGAUGAUACUCAAAGCAACCCCAAAGAGGAUGGGUGGGUGGUUUGCAGAGUUUUCAAGAAGAAAAAUUUAUUCAAGGUCGGAAAGGGGGAGGAAGGAACAAGCGUGACCACAGAGCAACAACUUAUCAAUAACACACCAAGCACCAAUCACAGAGACUCUCAUCAGUAUCUACUACGUCAACAGCACAACCAAUAUGGUAGCCAACAUGCACUAGAGCUCAGUAAGCCUCAUGAGCUAGCCCUUCAUUAUUCCCACAUUCCCACAGUACCCCACGAAUAUCCUCCAGCUCAUGUUCAAUCCCUCAUCCCAACCCAUAAGCCUAUAAGCUACGACUUCCCUCCUUUGGACUCACCAGCACUCAUGGUCAAACAACUUGUAUCAAAUCAUCAGCGAGACUGUGAGAACCUCCGAUACCAAUCCUAUACAGAGCCAGGGUUGGAGGUUGGCACCUGCAGUGGACAACCAACUCAACACCUUGUUAAUGUUGCAGCAGCCGGAAGAGAGGAGAACCUAAAUGAAUGGGCCAUGCUCAAUCAUCGCGUAGUUACCUCUGAUCAUCUUGAACAAGAGGACUCAUCUAAAGGGGUGAGAUUUGAGGAUACAAAUGCAUCUUCAGUACACAGAAUGAGUCAUCUCUCCUUACGUAAUGAGAUGGAUUUCUGGGGCUAUGGAAAGUAG